AUGGUGCCUGACCAAGAAGCAUCCAGUCAGUGCGAUAAUUUUACUCAUUUAUUGGAAAGAAUUUAUCAUGCAGAUACACCUAGACUCAAAUUUUAUUUGACUAGUCAAAUUAUUAAAUGUUCGAGUGAAAUAGAUGAUGAGACAAUUGCCAUCAAAACAAUUAAAUCAGUAGACAUCGACUUUAUUGCAUUACUUAUCCAAUCAAAUGGUUUAUUUACACUACUGGGACUUCAAUUAAUUCAAUUACUAACACGUUCCAGGCAUUGUGCAAGGAUAUUGGACUCUUUGAGACCUUUAAUCGUGUCAAUGUUGUCUGAAUUGAUGUAUAAAAAUAAUAUCGAAAAUGAAAACAUUGAGGAGGAAAUUAAAAAUGAUUUGAUAAUCAAUGGAAUUGAUUGCCUAAGUUUGUAUUAUAGACACCUACCAUAUUACCGGUAUUGCGAUCUUAAUGUCCUUCAUGAGAGCAGAACUGAGAUUAUACAAAUAUUAUUCCCCGAUGCCUAUGACAAAAGCUUAAAUAAUGCAUUAAAAUUUGGAUAUAACUCAUCGAUUAACGAAGCGAAAUGCCCAUACUGUUCCGGAUCUAAAAAAGUAUCUAGUGACGAUACUAAUGAAUUUGAUAAAUUGUUUGGCAAUAAUGAUGAAGUUUAUGAUAUGGAUUAUAAAUGGCAAAUGGAAACUUUUAAUAAUAUAAUUAAGGAAUCAAACUUUGCUGACAAAAAAAUUGUUUCCAUUAUUGGUUCAGUAGCUAAAUAUUUAUUGGGAAAAGUUGAUAUUAAAUGUUUCCAUAAGGCAAUAAUGAAUUGUUCAAUAUUGCUAUCAAUAGGGGAUACUGAUUUAUCUAAGCAGUGUAUUGAAGUAUUGCUUAAACAUGACAUAUCACUGGCAAUUAACGGGCUAAGUAUUAUUAAUAGUAAAAAAAUAUCUAAGAAAAAAGAUACCAUACAGAAUUUUAAACAACACUUUAAUGCAAUCCUUGCGACACAGCUAAAUAGGGAAGAUCUGUGCGAGUUUUUUAGUAUAAUAUGCGACAAUAUAAAUCUAUUAUCUAGUAUUGAUGAAGUUCAAUUGCUGGCUAAAAGAGCUUAUAUUGAAAUAUUUGUGAUAAUAGAGAAUAUAAUGAGAAGUGGUAAAAUUGAAACUGGAAAGUUUGACAUAUUUUAUGUUUCUUGUAACAUCAUUGAGAAUUUAAUGAUUUACUUAGACAAAUUUGAGAAUGAUCAAUCUGAUGCAAAUAAUUGUUCCUCGCUAGACAUCCAAGAUAAGCUAAUUGAUGACAUAACCUCAGUUACUGCUGGAAGCUAUAAACAAGUGAAUAUAGGGAAUAUAUCACAAUUAUUCAAAACAUUUCACGACACGAUCAUACUAUUCUUUGAUUACUUUAAUUUUUUGGAUGAAAAGUAUACCAAAGUUGUUGCCACUAAGAAAGUUAUAAUUUCUUGCGGAGCCAGAUUAGUUGGAUGUUGGAUGUACCUGGAACCAAUUCAUUUAAGAGUACAAUUUAAAGGGACAAUGAAUACAAUUUGCAAUUUUUUUCAUUGGGAUGACUUCUUGUGGCUGCUACCUGCACUUGACUAUUUUGAAUCACACGAAUUGUGUGAUUACCCUUCACUUAUAGUUAAAUUACUUGAAUCAUUCUAUUACCUAUCCACAUCUAAAGAUAUUAAAUUUAAAGAUAAAUUAAGUGGAAAAGAUCAUGAUAUUUCCCUUAAAAAAUUAUGUAUAUUAAUCAUCAGGCUCUACUUAGAUACUUUAGUUGAACCUGCAUCAUUGUUGGUUAGCGUUGAUAAAAUUAUUGAUGAAAAUGAGCUUAAUAAGUUAUACCAAAAUAUUAUGGAUAAAAUAGAUUUUGAAGAACUAAAUAAGGAUAUUGGUGACAAUAAAAUCUGCCCCAACUACACACCAGUUAAACUGGGGGAUAUUUUUAAUGAAAAUCCCCUUGAAUACCUACCAAUUCCGUACAAUCACAUUGAGGACCAAUACAUUGAUUUACAUCGCAACAUUAACAAGUUAAUGACAGUAUCGACACUAACAAACAAGGACUCAGAAUAUAUACAUCUGAUAGCAUCAACUUAUACAUCGGUAUCACUGGCUAGAGUUGAACACGAAAACUUCUUGCCCAAUGAAUUUAAGGAUUUCUUAUAUAAACAAAUAUGCAAAGGUCUAUUAGUUAGUGACAAUGACGUUUUUGAAUCUUGCUUAAAUACUUCGAUUGUCAUGAGCACCAAAUGUUUAAGAUUCAAAUCUAUAUUAGACACCACAUUGUAUUAUGGUAAUGUGGCUGUGCAUAGUACUUCGGGCAAAAAAUUAAUUUCAUACCAGAAACUUAUCAUUCCAUAA